ACCUUAGACUACCACCUGUUCGAUGCGCCCUCACGAACUCGGGAAGCUCAUUCAGCUGACACCGUGAUGGCGACGACAACACCGACACCAUCACCGAAAUUCGUACCUCUCGGUGGAUCCAUCUCGCUCUACACCCCGUCACAGCCUACGAAAGGACGACUUGUGAUACUAGCGACAUGGCUAGGCGCCGCCGAGAAACACAUUGCGAAAUACACGACCGCAUACACCCGGUUUAUCCCAGACUCCAGAGUUUUGCUCAUUCAAGGCACAAUGGGCAACCUAUUCCAACACUACUCCGUGCAGCGAAGAGCCAUCCAUCCCGCUGUACAAGCCAUUCGAGCCGUCCUCGACGAAAGUAGCUGUGAGGAAGACGGCAGCCAUACAGAAAUCCGUCCGCACAUCCUCCUUCACGUAUUCUCCAACGCAGGCGCAAACUCGGUGGCCAAUCUCCUACACGUGUUCCAUCAAGAAUUGGGCGCUCCGUUACCGCUGGUAGGCGUGAUAUGCGAUAGUUCCUUGGCAAAAGGUGGCUACAAACAGAACUACAACGGCUUUAUGCGCGCUCUCCCCGAUGGGCUUCUAUUCAAGAUACUUGGGCCACCAUUCAUCAACCUCGCUAUAGCCAUUCUGAAUACGUCGAUUGCUCUCGGUCGGUACGAGCGCCCGGAGGACUAUUGGCGGAAUAGCAUGAUCAAUGAGGAUCUUAUCAAGGUCGGAGACCCGCAAGAGGAGGGAAGCAAGAGGAUCUGCUAUUUUACAUCCAAGGCAGAUAGAACAACGCCUUGGCAAGAUGUGGUUAGCCAUGCUGAGAUGGCUUGCAAGAACAAGUGGUCGGUUAUGCUAUUUGUAUACGAAGACACGCCUCAUUGCAACCACAUGGCGGAGCAUGGAAACGAAUAUGAAGAAGCGGUCAGGGCUAUGUGGACGAAGUCCAAACUCUAAGGAGUGAACGGACUAUCUGCCUGAACUUCGGCAUCUCCUUCGAAAUAUCCCAAGAAUCGAGAAAGGACGAUACACAUGUCGUUUCUGGUCGCGGAGUUGGAUUACGUGGCAAUGGCAGCACGUUCACUUCUAAGCCUGUUGAAUUGGAUCCUUUUUCCGAAGGCUAUAGCUACUACAUUGAAGGCUAAAGUAAUUACCACCAAGUUACUCCUGAUACAUGGAAGGCUUGCACGAAUCCAAUCAACAGUAUCCGUCACAUGAUGGUGGUUUAACU